AUGUCUCAUCCAGAACCUCAUCCGGCAGAUGCCACGGAGUCGGCCGAAGAUUUACAUGUUCUGGAGCCUGUUUCCGACGACGCCGACUCCGCCUAUAGUGAACUAAUCGAUAGCAAUAUGUCAGCUUCUUUGGCCAGCUCGGUCCUAAAUUACCGAUACGAAAACGGUCGACGCUACCAUGCAUACCGAGAAGGCCAGUACUAUCUGCCCAACGACGAACAAGAGCAAGGUCGACUCGGUAUGCUACAUCAUAUCUUCAUCUUAGUUCUCGACGGCGCUUUAUUUCGUUCUCCGUUGCAGCAGAUAUCACCCCAGCGAGUCUUAGAUCUCGGUUGCGGCACCGGACUGUGGUCUAUUCAAUUUGCAGACGACCUUCCGCAGUCACUCGUGAUUGGUGUUGAUCUGAGCCCGAUUCAACCAAAUUGGGUCCCUCCUAACUGCAAAUUCUACGUGGACGAUAUCGAGAGUGAAUGGAAUUAUUCUCAAAUGGAGCAUUUCGACUACAUUCACGGUCGAGCGCUUUGCGGGAGUAUCGCAGACUGGCCUGGGUUAUUCACGCAGUCAUUUAAUAAUCUUAAGCCUGGCGGCUGGCUAGAAAUCCAAGAAGUCUAUUUUCACAUCUAUGACUACGAUGGCAGCAUGGAUGAGGCACCCAACCUAAAACAUUGGCAAGCACUAAUGACCGAAGCGAGUAGAAGAUUCGGUAGGGAUCUCACUACAGCCAAUAUUCUCAAGCAGUAUAUGGAAGAUGCAGGCUUCGUGGAUGUUCAAGAAGAGAUCUUCAAGGUGCCUACUGGACCAUGGGCCAGAGGAAGGAAGUUUAAGGAACUUGGAAAAUAUUCCCUUAUGCAGUGGUUGGACUCAGUUGAGCCUCUCUCGCUCGCUUUAUUCACCAGGGUAUUGGAAUAUACGGCGGAAGAGACCAAGAAUAUCGUUAGUAAAGUCAAGGGUGAGUUGCUUAACCCGAGGCUGCACACAUACUUGAACUUUUAUUUCAUUUGUGGUAGGAAAGCUGGGAACUGGCAACCAGAAGGACCUGCAUGA